CGCCCAAACAGAGGUUCAAGAACAUGGGAGUUACAUAGAUCUUUUGAGGCAAAACCCGUGUUUAUCAUAUCAAACAUGGGAGCGUUAUCAUCAUCUUCCCCUCUUAUCCUACGAUGUAUUCUCCGACGUCCACCGCCCCCCACCACCACCCAUAUUUCUUAUAUUGCUCCUUUUCUCAAACCCUCUAACCGCACUCCUUCUAUAUGCCUCCCAACCCCUCGACGACCAAUCUAUCACGAUACUAUACGCUCUCUCACUCCUCGAUCUCUCUCCACCUCCACCUCCCCCUCCCCCUCCCCGGAAAUCCAACUUGCCAUCUCUGAAGAAGAAGGCGCUGAAAGCGACGACGAAUCAGAAGUCGGAAUCGAUGAUAAUCACCCCACCGAAACUGCAAUUGAGAAGCCUGUCGAUCCUAAAAUUUCGAGUGCGCAUAAGGAAAUGUUGUCGAAAUUGAAAGGCAUGAGUGUGAAAGAGAAGAAAGAGUUGGGUUCUUACGCCAACAGUUUGGGGAAAAAACUUAAAUCUCAACAGGUGGGGAAGUCCGGCGUCACUGAUUCCGUUGCCACGGCGUUGGUCGAAACCUUAGAAGCCAACGAGCUUCUCAAGCUUAAAAUUCAUAACAACUGUCCGGGAGAGCUAGACGAGGUGGUGGCCCAAUUAGAAGAAGCCACGGGUUCAGUUGUGGUUGGUCGAAUUGGUCGAACUGUCAUCAUUUACAGACCCAGUCUAACAAAACUCAUAUCAGAGGAGAAAAAGAAACAGGCCCUCAAGGUUUUUCUCAAGAGAAGAGCAGCAUUUAAGUCAUCAUAUCAGGGGAAAAUGCUGAGCAGAAGACAAUCGUCGACAUCACCUACUCGAAGUCGAGAUUUUAGAAAGUCUUAGGUUGGUGAAGCUGUGUACAACUUGAGAAGCAUAUUGUACAUCUUGCGAUGCGGAUUGGAUGGAAAGGAGGCUGGAUUGGCUUGUAGUUUAUGGUGGCUUUGAGUGGCUUUUAUCAAGGGCAAUUUGGGGGGAGUAGCAAUGAAUUUUACUCUUUUUAUCAAUGUAGGCAAUGUACUUUGGUUUUACUACAAGAGCAAUUUACUUAUAUUUUUGUACACAAAAUAGCAAUGUAGUUAUAUUUAUCUAGUUAUAAAAGCAG